AUGUGGAUGCCUCAAACGACCUCGAUGCCGCCAGGCCUAUUCGUCAAAUCUCAAAACCUUCCACAUUUUCAGAUAUGCCUUGCCCAACUUGCCGUAGGAUUUGAGAACCCCUUCGCCAAUCUAUUCGGCGGGUAUGGCAACGAAUAUGGUGGCGACGGCUACGGAUAUCCGCCCUUUCCACCUCCACCCGCUACGGAAUCUACGCUCGCCGACAGGCCCCUCCUUCUGACGCGACUGGAACCCCGACCGGCAGCUCGCCGACAGGCCCUCCUUCUGACGCGACUGGAACCCCGACAGGCAGCUCGCCGACAGGCCCUCCUUCUGACGCGACUGGAACCCCGACCGGCAGCUCGCCGACAGGCCCUCCUUCUGACGCGACUGGAACCCCGACCGGCAGCUCGCCGACAGGCCCUCCUUCUGACGCGACUGGAACCCCGACCGGCAGCUCGCCGACAGGCCCUCCUUCUGACGCAACUGGAACCCCGACCGGAAGCUCGCCGACAGGCCCUCCUUCUGACGCGACUGGAACCCCGACCGGCAGCUCGCCGACAGGCCCUCCUUCUGACGCGACUGGAACCCCGACAGGCAGCUCGCCGACAGGCCCUCCUUCUGACGCGACUGGAACCCCGACCGGCAGCUCGCCGACAGGCCCUCCUUCUGACGCGACUGGAACCCCGACAGGCAGCUCGCCGACAGGCCCUCCUUCUGACGCGACUGGAACCCCGACCGGCAGCUCGCCGACAGGCCCUCCUUCUGACGCGACUGGAACCCCGACCGGCAGCUCGCCGACAGGCCCUCCUUCUGACGCGACUGGAACCCCGACCGGCAGCUCGCCGACAGGCCCUCCUUCUGACGCAACUGGAACCCCGACCGGAAGCUCGCCGACAGGCCCUCCUUCUGACGCGACUGGAACCCCGACCGGCAGCUCGCCGACAGGCCCUCCUUCUGACGCGACUGGAACCCCGACAGGCAGCUCGCCGACAGGCCCUCCUUCUGACGCGACUGGAACCCCGACCGGCAGCUCGCCGACAGGCCCUCCUUCUGACGCGACUGGAACCCCGACAGGCAGCUCGCCGACAGGCCCUCCUUCUGACGCGACUGGAACCCCGACCGGCAGCUCGCCGACAGGCCCUCCUUCUGACGCGACUGGAACCCCGACCGGCAGCUCGCCGACAGGCCCUCCUUCUGACGCGACUGGAACCCCGACCGGCAGCUCGCCGACAGGCCCUCCUUCUGAUGCAACUGGAACCCCGACCGGAAGCUCGCCGACAGGCCCUCCUUCUGACGCGACUGGAACCCCGACCGGCAGCUCGCCGACAGGCCCUCCUUCUGACGCGACUGGAACCCCGACAGGCAGCUCGCCGACAGGCCCUCCUUCUGACGCGACUGGAACCCCGACCGGCAGCUCGCCGACAGGCCCUCCUUCUGACGCGACUGGAACCCCGACCGGCAGCUCGCCGACAGGCCCUCCUUCUGACGCGACUGGAACCCCGACCGGCAGCUCGCCGACAGGCCUUCCUUCUGACGCGACUGGAACCCCGACCGGCAGCUCGCCGACAGGCACUCCUUCUGAUGCAGCUGGAACCCCGACCGGCAGCUCGCCGACAGGCCCUCCUUCUGACGCGACUGGAACCCCGACCGGCAGCUCGCCGACAGGCACUCCUUCUGAUGCAACUGGAACCCCGACCGGCAGCUCGCCGACAGGCCCUCCUUCUGAUGCAACUGGAACCCCGACCGGAAGCUCGCCGACAGGCCUUCCUUCUGACGCGACUGGAACCCCGACCGGCAGCUCGCCGACAGGCCCUCCUUCUGACGCGACUGGAACCCCGACCGGCAGCUCGCCGACAGGCACUCCUUCUGAUGCAGCUGGAACCCCGACCGGCAGCUCGCCGACAGGCCCUCCUUCUGACGCGACUGGAACCCCGACCGGCAGCUCGCCGACAGGCACUCCUUCUGAUGCAACUGGAACCCCGACCGGCAGCUCGCCGACAGGCCUUCCUUCUGACGCGACUGGAACCCCGACCGGCAGCUCGCCGACAGGCACUCCUUCUGAUGCAGCUGGAACCCCGACCGGCAGCUCGCCGACAGGCCCUCCUUCUGACGCGACUGGAACCCCGACCGGCAGCUCGCCGACAGGCACUCCUUCUGAUGCAACUGGAACCCCGACCGGCAGCUCGCCGACAGGCCCUCCUUCUGAUGCAACUGGAACCCCGACCGGAAGCUCGCCGACAGGCCCUCCUUCUGACGCGACUGGAACCCCGACCGGCAGCUCGCCGACAGGCACUCCUUCUGAUGCAACUGGAACCCCGACCGGCAGCUCGCCGACAGGCCCUCCUUCUGACGCGACUGGAACCCCGACCGGCAGCUCGCCGACAGGCCCUCCUUCUGACGCGACUGGAACCCCCGACCGGCAGCUCGCCGACAGGCCCUCCUUCUGACGCGACUGGAACCCCGACCGGCAGCUCGCCGACAGGCCCUCCUUCUGACGCGACUGGAACCCCGACCGGCAGCUCGCCGACAGGCCCUCCUUCUGACGCGACUGGAACCCCGACCGGCAGCUCGCCGACAGGCCCUCCUUCUGACGCGACUGGAACCCCGACCGGCAGCUCGCCGACAGGCCCUCCUUCUGACGCGACUGGAACCCCGACCGGCAGCUCGCCGACAGGCCCUCCUUCUGACGCGACUGGAACCCCGACCGGCAGCCCGCCGACAGGCCCGCCUUCUGAUGCAACUGGAACCCCGACCGGCAGCUCGCCGACAGGCCCUCCUUCUGACGCGACUGGAACCCCGACCGGCAGCUCGCCGACAGGCCCUCCUUCUGACGCGACUGGAACCCCGACCGGCAGCUCGCCGACAGGCCCUCCUUCUGACGCGACUGGAACCCCGACCGGCAGCUCGCCGACAGGCCCUCCUUCUGAUGCAACCGGAACCCCGACCGGAAGCUCGCCGACAGGCCCUCCUUCUGACGCGACCGGAACCCCGACCGGCAGCUCGCCGACAGGCCCUCCUUCUGACGCGACUGGAACCCCGACCGGCAGCUCGCCGACAGGCCCUCCUUCUGAUGCAACUGGAACCCCGACCGGCAGCUCGCCGACAGGCCCUCCUUCUGACGCGACUGGAACCCCGACCGGCAGCUCGCCGACAGGCCCUCCUUCUGACGCGACUGGAACCCCGACCGGCAGCUGGCCGACAGGCCCUCCGUCUGACGCGACUGGAACCCCGACCGGCAGCUCGCCGACAGGCACUCCUUCUGACGCGACUGGAACCCCGACCGGCAGCUCGCCGACAGGCCUUCCUUCUGAUGCAACUGGAAGCCCGACCGGCAGCUCGCCGACAGGCCCUCCUUCUGACGCGACUGGAACCCCGACCGGCAGCUCGCCGACAGGCACUCCUUCUGACGCGACUGGAACCCCGACCGGCAGCUCGCCGACAGGCCCUCCUUCUGACGCGACUGGAACCCCGACCGGCAGCUCGCCGACAGGCCCUCCUUCUGACGCGACUGGAACCCCGACCGGCAGCUCGCCGACAGGCCCUCCUUCUGACGCGACUGGAACCCCGACCGGCAGCUCGCCGACAGGCACUCCUUCUGACGCGACUGGAACCCCGACCGGCAGCUCGCCGACAGGCCCUCCUUCUGACGCGACUGGAACCCCGACCGGCAGCCCGCCGACAGGCCCGCCUUCUGAUGCAACUGGAACCCCGACCGGCAGCUCGCCGACAGGCCCUCCUUCUGACGCGACUGGAACCCCGACCGGCAGCUCGCCGACAGGCCCUCCUUCUGACGCGACUGGAACCCCGACCGGCAGCUCGCCGACAGGCCCUCCUUCUGACGCGACUGGAACCCCGACCGGCAGCUCGCCGACAGGCCCUCCUUCUGAUGCAACCGGAACCCCGACCGGAAGCUCGCCGACAGGCCCUCCUUCUGACGCGACCGGAACCCCGACCGGCAGCUCGCCGACAGGCCCUCCUUCUGACGCGACUGGAACCCCGACCGGCAGCUCGCCGACAGGCCCUCCUUCUGAUGCAACUGGAACCCCGACCGGCAGCUCGCCGACAGGCCCUCCUUCUGACGCGACUGGAACCCCGACCGGCAGCUCGCCGACAGGCCCUCCUUCUGACGCGACUGGAACCCCGACCGGCAGCUGGCCGACAGGCCCUCCGUCUGACGCGACUGGAACCCCGACCGGCAGCUCGCCGACAGGCACUCCUUCUGACGCGACUGGAACCCCGACCGGCAGCUCGCCGACAGGCCUUCCUUCUGAUGCAACUGGAAGCCCGACCGGCAGCUCGCCGACAGGCCCUCCUUCUGACGCGACUGGAACCCCGACCGGCAGCUCGCCGACAGGCACUCCUUCUGACGCGACUGGAACCCCGACCGGCAGCUCGCCGACAGGCCCUCCUUCUGACGCGACUGGAACCCCGACCGGCAGCUCGCCGACAGGCCCUCCUUCUGACGCGACUGGAACCCCGACCGGCAGCUCGCCGACAGGCCCUCCUUCUGACGCGACUGGAACCCCGACCGGCAGCUCGCCGACAGGCACUCCUUCUGACGCGACUGGAACCCCGACCGGCAGCUCGCCGACAGGCACUCCUUCUGACGGGACUGGAACCCCGACAGGCAGCUCGCCGACAGGCACUCCUUCUGACGCGACUGGAACCCCGACCGGCAGCUCGCCGACAGGCCCUCCUUCUGACGCGACUGGAACCCCGACAGGCAGCUCGCCGACAGGCCCUCCUUCUGAUGCAACUGGAACCCCGACCGGCAGCUCGCCGACAGGCCCUCCUUCUGACGCGACUGGAACCCCGACCGGCAGCUCGCCGACAGGCACUCCUUCUGACGCGACUGGAACCCCGACCGGCAGCUCGCCGACAGGCCCUCCUUCUGAUGCAACUGGAACCCCGACCGGCAGCUCGCCGACAGGCACUCCUUCUGACGCAACUGGAACCCCGACCGGCAGCUCGCCGACAGGCCCUCCUUCUGACGCGACUGGAACCCCGACCGGCAGCUCGCCGACAGGCACUCCUUCUGACGCGACUGGAACCCCGACCGGCAGCUCGCCGACAGGCACUCCUUCUGACGCAACUGGAACCCCGACCGGCAGCUCGCCGACAGGCACUCCUUCUGACGCGACUGGAACCCCGACCGGCAGCUCGCCGACAGGCCCUCCUUCUGAUGCAACUGGAAGCCCGACCGGCAGCUCGCCGACAGGCACUCCUUCUGACGCGACUGGAACCCCGACCGGCAGCUCGCCGACAGGCCCUCCUUCUGAUGCAACUGGAAGCCCGACCGGCAGCUCGCCGACAGGCACUCCUUCUGACGCGACUGGAACCCCGACCGGCAGCUCGCCGACAGGCACUCCUUCUGACGCGACUGGAACCCCGACCGGCAGCUCGCCGACAGGCCCUCCUUCUGAUGCAACUGGAAGCCCGACCGGCAGCUCGCCGACAGGCACUCCUUCUGAUGCGACUGGCAGCCCUGAACCUUCUGAUGCAACUGCACAUGCUGCGCUGAAGUUGGCAGCUGUGAAGGCGCAAUCAGCGGUGAACCAGAAGCCGGUAAAACGGGCGAUUGAAACUCGCGCCGCGCGUCAUCAUCGUCGC